GAAGAAGAAGAAGAAGAAGAAGAAGAAGAAGAAGAAGAAGAAGAAGAAGAAGAAGAAGAAGAAGAAGAAGAAGAAGAAGAAGAAGAAGAAUGAUUUGUAUUAUGCUGCUCUUAGUGCUGACAUACCAAUAUGGUUUUAGUGAAGCAUCAACUUGCGAAUCGAAAUAUAAAUGUAAAGAGUCAAAAACAUCCGCCACAUUCGCUUACAUCAGCAUGAACAAACUCAACAACACAAAGUUGAAUGGAACCAUACUAUCAACACAUUAUGUUGAAAAUACAACAAGAUGUAAUAAACUGUGCGCAAUGCAUGAUGGAUGUUUUUCAAUCAAUUUUGGGCCAAAGAACGCAUCAACGUUUGUUUGUCAAUUGCUUGGUGAAGACAGACGCACGAAUGCUGCGCUUCUGGUUAACACAACUGGAUGGUCGCUUUUCACGACAGCUAGUAAAUGUGAUGACAACCCAUGUAAACCCAGCAUCGAGAGAUGUCUUCCACAUUAUCGAAAUGAUUCAUACGCUUGUGUAUUUUCAAAUCCUUAUCACCUCCCAUUGAUGAACUUCACAUUUGAUGAAGAUAAUAAAUGCUCUGGUUGCAAAGCCAGCGCGUAUUGGCCGGGUGGAAAAAGAAUAAAUGUCCCUGAUCGAAUAACCAAAGUGAUGUAUUUGCCAGAAUCAACUAAAUACGGAAAUGGAGCUAGCUUAACUCCUGUUGGGUGUCUUAAGGAUUUGUCAUCUGCGUUUCCUGGAAGCUGUGAUAGUGAUGGUUUUGUAUUUUCCUUCUGGUACAGAACAUUCAUGCGUUCGCUUGGAGACGCCCUUUUAUUUCAGAGUUUCAAUAAUGGUUUCUAUGUCCGUAUCAAUUAUCGAAAUGCUGAAAGAAAAACUGCGUCCUGGUCGAUUUAUUUACAUACGUCAAGUUAUGACUAUCGUUUUGUAAACUAUGAAGGUCCUGAUGCUUCUCAAUGGAUUCACUUUGUUUUCAAAUUUGAUAUUGCAAAUGACCUGUUUUCUGUAUUCAUUAAUGGAAUACAUGCAUUUAAUGGGGAAAAAGUUACCAAAUCACGUAAUGGUGAUAACACUCAAUUGAAAGUAGCUUGGAAGUACACAAGUGGCAAGAAAUACAACGCGAUGUUUGAUGAUAUUGUGUAUUAUAAUCGUUUGCUUUCCAAUGAAGAAAUUCUCAAUCUCCACAAGGAGCAGGCCACGCAUUAAUGAAACACCGGGAUGAUGUUAUCGCUAGUUCUCUCAAAAUUGCAUAUCAUAGUUAGUUUCAUUGGUUCUCCUUUAUUUGAUUUUAUUUAUGGGGAAUUUAUUUAUGUGAAAGAACAAGCAUUAAUAACAGCACUGUGCAAAUUUGUAAAUAUACUGAUGUUUUUUUACGUGUACAAUUAUAUAGAUUCCUGGUUAUUCGAACAAGCAUUUACUCGAAAUUUUCGGCUACCAUUUUUGUUUCAUAUGUGACAUCAUGUAGCAAAUUUGAUUCUAUUUUGGAAAGCCUAUCAAAAUUUAUGGAUUGUCGGGAGAAUAACCUGCUACCGCCUUCUGUACUGAAUAGGGUUAAGGAAAAACCAAAGGAAAUAAAAACAACUUUAAAUAAGCGGAAAUUUGAAUAACUGCCGACUUGAGCAACCGGCAGUCAACAAUGUAAUAAUUUUACAUCACUAGUCGUUAUCCCGUGGAAAAAUCCACGGGUUCGCCCGUCGCAGCUAAGCUACCAUUUUGCGUGACAGACAGACGUAUACGGGCAUUAUAAUAUAGACUAGUCGUUACCCGUGGAAAAAUCCACGGGUUCGCCCGUCCUUUAUAUUUACCCGUCGCAACAAUGUGGAUAAAAAUAUAUCACAUUUGAUAUUCGUGUUUCCGUAACAUCAUUUUCUAACUCAGCGGGGGGUCCGCGCAGAAACAGACAGACGACGGCUAUUUUAUAAUAUAGAUACACACUGAGCAUCAAUUAUUUGUAAAAGCUUUAUGUUGUAGAUAAUUUUUUUGAGCUAUUAUCAUGUAAAAUUUUGGAUCUUUUGAAAAUCAAUUGUACACUU